GCGAUGUCUCAUUGGAAGUGGGUGGCGAAACUAUACAGGCGCACAAAGUGGUGCUUGCUUCGGUGUCACCCUAUUUCUAUGCCAUGUUCAAUGACGACAUGCUGGAGCGCAAUCAGGGUGCCGUACGUUUGCACGAUGUCGAUGUUACGGCGCUACGUCAACUCAUCGAUUACACGUACACCGGUGAGAUCACCAUAACCGAGGACAAUGUGCAGGUGUUGUUGCCCGCCUCCAGUUUGUUGCAAAUUCAUUCAGUACGCGAGGCAUGUUGCAAAUUUUUACUGCGACAACUGCAUCCAUCCAAUUGCUUGGGUAUACGUAGCUUUGCUGAUGCCCAUUCUUGCAAGGAGCUACAUACACGCUCGCAUAAGUAUGCAUUACAAAACUUCCAGCAAGUCGUCGGAACCGAGGAGUUUUUGCUUUUACCUUUUGACGAGGUCAGAGAUCUGAUAUCAAAUAAUCAACUGAAUAUUUGCUCCGAAGAGAAAGUUUUUCUAGCUGUACUAAAUUGGGUCAAACACGAUCUAGCUGAACGUCAGUGUCACAUUGCCGAAUUGAUGAGCCACGUACGCUUGCCGCUGGUGGGACGAGAUUUCCUUAUGACCUGCGUCGAAACAGAGACACUCAUAAGAGAGGACGGCCAGUGCAAGGAACUUUUGUUGGAAGCCAUGAAAUACCAUUUACUGCCAGAACAGCGCAGCUUGAUGAGCAGCCAACGCACACAAGAGCGUCGGCCGGAGGGUAUGAAAUCGUAUGUGUUCGCUGUGGGUGGCGGCAGCCUCUUCGCCAUUCACAACGAGUGCGAGGUCUAUAAUCCGCGCACUAACGCUUGGACACCCAUCGCACCAAUGCUGUGGCGACGUUCACGCUCCGGUGUGACUGCGCUGCACAAGCAGCUCUAUGUUGUCGGUGGUUAUGAUGGCGUGAGCGAUCUAAGCACUGCCGAAUUCUAUAAUCCGUUGAUUAAUAAGUGGACUAAUAUAACACCGAUGGGUACGAAGCGCUCCUGUCUAGGCAUUUGCGCCUACGAUGGACUACUGUAUGUUUGUGGUGGCUAUGAUGGCGCCUCGUGUCUAAGCAGCAUGGAGCGUUACGAUCCAUUGACGGCCAUC